AUGGCUUGCGUUCAUCUUGAUUCCCCAGAGCUUCGUGCCCCGCGGAUCAACCAACCAGUCUAUCGAGAAGAUUGCACGCAGUGUUUUGACUCAAUUGAUGACCCAUCUGGCUUGGAUGUGUGUCUUUUCUGUUUCAAUGGGGGUUGCACUGGGGAUAGAAAUCACUCUAGCAUCCACCAUAAACGGUCCGGACAUCCAUUGGUAUUGAAUAUAAAGAGAACCAGGAAGAUAGUACAGCGAGAUGAGCCUCCCCUUAAGAUGUCAAAGCUAGCGAUCACUGCGGAAACAGAAGAAGAUCGCUAUGAUACCACCACAACGGUCAACUGUCAUUCUUGUCAAGUUAGUGAUAUUGACAAGUCUGCCGGAAAUCUCCCUUCCGUUGUUGACGGUGUAAUGAAGGCACUCACAUUUUCUCGUCAGGAGGAAGUGAAGGCGUGGGAGCAGGAAUAUUCCCCUUGCCAGCAUGUGCUGUCGCUGGUGCAGCAUGGCUCAAUCCAGGAAAAUUCCAAUGAUUUUUCUAAGUGCGCCUCGUGCAACUUAAAAGAGAACCUAUGGUUGUGCCUCGAGUGUGGUAAUCUUGGAUGUGGCCGAAGCCAGUUUGGCGGUGUGGGUGGUAAUUCCCACGGACUUGCUCAUGCGGAUAGUUCUUCCCAUGGCGUCGCUGUAAAGCUUGGUUCUAUUACACCCGAAGGCUCUGCGGAUGUUUUCUGUUACAAAUGUAAUGACGAGAUAAUCGAUCCAAACCUUGCCACACACCUUGCGCACUGGGGGAUAAACAUUGCUGAGCGACAAAAAACCGAGCAAAGCCUUGUUGAAAUGCAGAUUGAACAAAAUCUUAAAUGGGAUUUUUCAAUGACUGGUCAGGAUGGGCAUGAGUCGAAACCCCUUUUUGGAAAGGGACUUACUGGACUCAAGAAUUUAGGAAACAGCUGUUAUAUUUCCAGCGCUGUUCAGUGUCUUUUCUCGUUACCUGAGUUUAAGGAGCGGUAUUUCCAAUCCAUGACAGAACCACCACCUGCCGCUGCACCUGCCGAAGACCUAGAAACUCAAUUGCGAAAACUCAGUGAUGGUAUUCACUCUGGCCGCUAUUCAUUUCCCGACCCAGAUGUUGCGAUUUCGGCCCAUUCUGCAGACGUUGUCUAUCAAAAAGGACUUGCACCUGCAAUGUUCAAACAUUUGGUUGGCCGUGAUCACGAGGAAUUUUCAACUAUGCGCCAACAAGAUGCAUUUGAAUUUCUUCUGCAUCUCUUCAAACUCAUUACUCGUUCAAAACACUCAGAUGGCCUCCAAGAUCCAGUGGGCUCGUUUCGAUUUGCACUUGAGCAGCGCUUACAAUGCCUAGUAUGCAAAAAGGUCCGAUACACAGUAGAUGAACAGGAUAAUAUAUCAGUCCCUGUUCCCGCACGUCGUGUGAAACCUAGCAAUAGUGCAGUAGAUGGAACCGAAGAUCGGAGUUCCUCAGAUAAACCGGAGUUCGAGACGGUUACUCUGAAGGAGUGCUUGGGCAUUUUUACAGGGGAAGAGAUUGUUGAACUAACAUGUCCGGCAUGUGGCAGCAAUGAUGGCUUCCUCAAACGAUCGCGCUUUAAGACUUUUCCGAGGAAUUUAGCUAUUAACGUUCGCCGUUUCAGUCUAGUUAACUGGGUGCCAACAAAACUUAAUAUCCCUGUUGAGGUUGAUGAUAAACCGGUUGACUUAAGCCCGUACAUGUCCCCCGGGUUUCAGGAAGGUGAAGAACAAUUGCCAGACAAUCCUCCAAGUGAGCCAACGGCGUUUGCUCCAAAUCAAGCUGCACUUAAUCAGCUCCUAGCGAUGGGUUUCCCAGAUGUUCGGUGCAAGAAGGCUCUUCAUGCAACGGGAAACUCUGAUGCAGAGGCCGCCAUGACUUGGUUAUUUGCCCAUAUGGAAGAUCCAGAUAUUGAUGUUCCUGUAGAACUUACCACCGGCAAUGCUACCUCUGUCGAUCACCCAAUGGAUGACCCAGACAAAAUCGCUCAGCUAAAUGAAAUGGGAAUUGACUCUGCCAAGGCCCGUAAGGCUCUUAGAGAAACGGAUGGGAAUGUUAUGAGAGCUGUCGAUUGGGUCUUCAGCCACCCUGAUGAUUUUGGGGCGGUUGAGACCCCACCUGGUGACGCAGCCUCCAAAGAACCUCCGGGGUCUAAAUAUUUGCCAGCUGAGUUUCAGUUACAAUCCAUUAUCUGCCAUAAAGGAGCCUCAGUUCAUGCCGGACACUAUGUUGCCUUUGUACGAAAGCUGCUUCCGGGAUCGGAAACGCCACAGUGGGUUCUUUUCAACGAUGAGAAGGUUGUUGAGGCAAGCGACGUUGAGGAGAUGAAGCAGUUCGCAUAUGUAUACAUUUUUAGACGAUUAUAG